GUAGCAUCGAAUCGCAACAAAGCCGCAACGUCGAAGAAGCGGAAAGGACACGAGGUUAUUCCUGACCCACCUUCUUUCAGGAAUCCAAAACAGGCCGCUUGUGCCCGGACCGCAAAGGCCGCAAAGACGAGCCACCCAGAAGUGGAGAAGACACACUUCCAACGCUCUGGUACACACGCGACGCGGCCUUGGGCGAACUCUCAACAGGCCCGACAUCAGCGCCAGGGAGUGCAGGUUGCACAUCAAGAAGCCAGCCAAGCAAAGAAGGGCAAAAAUGGUACAAGGCAUGAUUGGGGGCCGGAGUCAAAGCAUGCUGGGAGUGAGCAGCUUUUGGAUUGCUUUGGUCGGGCAUGGAACAUGAACAAAGUUGUCGUGAACUUCCUGAACAUUGGCCAUUACUACGGAAGCAAGGUCAUGAAGUUAGAGCAGCAGAUGUUUCAAUGGGAAGGAGUCAGGCGCUGCGUCCGCUAUUUGAAGACGGAAAUGAAUCUGCAGGUCACGGGCGUCAUCCCGGAGAACUACCGAGGUAUGGACAAUGGGAGGAAGCAACUACCCUUACCUGCUGACAUAAAGAACAUGUGCGAAACAGUCGAGGAAACACCUCGCUUUGGCGACCAAAGGAACCAUCGAAGUGCAGAUGAUGAGAUGACCAUUAAAUGCGCUUAUCGACGUGCAUGUCGGUUUCUUGACAACGACAAUUACAAGGAGUGGGUUGUGCAGCUACAGGAUGCGAAAGCCCGGACUUGGUUGCAAAAGCAUAAGGACAUGGCCCACAUGCGGUUCUAUUUCGACAUAGGCACUGGAACCUUCGACAUAUUGGGUGGCAACUACCCGACGACAAGCCUUGCUCAGAAUGAUGCUCGGGUCCAGAAUCGGAGAUGUUGGACUUCAUGGGGUUAA